UGAUAAGACAACAAGACAAUUUGAAACUAUGGGAGAACCAAGAUGCCAAAGACAGUAAAUGAUAAGAGUGAUUCCAUACCAAUAUUGGAAAGGAUAUAGCAUUACAUGUAACAGGAGAUAUCUGAUUUUUUAAAUCUACAAGUAGUUCACAAUGUAUUCUGCCACACGGAUGGCUCGUUAUCAUCUGUGCCGGGGCAGACGGCUGGUCAUAUUGACCGGUGUAAUUUCAAUAAUUGCCCUGUUUACCAUCAUGGAAUUUCCAUACGAAAAUUUUUCAAAGGAAAAAAGGCACGACAAAACUGAAGUGAUGGAAGCAAGAACUAAUAACAUUGAAAGCCCUUCGCUGCAACUUGAAAUCCAGAGGCCAAACUCAAUAAAUCCUGAAAUAACUUCAACAAAAACUGUUUCACUUACAAGAAAACUGGAGUUUAAAACAUCAAAUACAUUUCAGCCUGAAAAUUCUACAAAAAUUGGUCAAACAGUUCUAAAAAUAGAUUCAGUAAGUGAACAGGCUACAACAGUCCCAAAAGGUUCACCAAAAUACCUAUUUCCAAGAAAUGUGCAAAAGGAUUGUAAUUAUACACAAGAUUCUCCUGAAAUUAAAACACCUUACAAGUUUUUUGUGUAUGAGCUUCCAAGUUAUUUUAACACAGAAGUAAAACAGUAUUUGACUAAAAAACAUGCCAGUUGUAAUGACUUUGAAUUUUGUGGAAGCGGAAAGGAAAUUUCAAAAAUAAAUUCUAGCAAAUCGGACACUCCAUUAGAUUAUAUACAAAGUGUGAGAGAAACACAGCAGUUUUCACUGGAGCCCCUAAUUCAUUACAAACUGUUGCUCAGCCCCUACAGGACAAUGUUUCCUGAGAAAGCUGAUAUGUUCUAUAUUCCUGCCUACACCGGAUUAAACUGUCUUACAUUUAGAGAGAAUGGUAAACAGUUUGUCGACUCCUUGUUUGAACAUUUGCGACAAAACAAGACAAAGCAUUACCAGAGUGGGAAGCCUCAUUUUAUGGCUCUUUCAAAAAUUGAGCGUGAACAAGGAAGUGCAAAUUGUCCUACAUUACUUCAUCCAUAUUCAAGAAAUAUUACGUUUAUAGGAAUAGAAAUGGAAACAAAUAAGUACUGGACUGAUCGAGUUAAAGGGAGAAUAAGUAUAGUUGUGCCUUAUCCAUCAUAUGUUCAUUUCAUUCCAAAUCCUUCCAGUAAAGUAAUGCAUGAAUUUAAAAACGGUCUUCGCAAUUUAAGCUUGAGUGAAUUCACACUUGAUGCUCCUUCUUUACAAGAACGACCUGUGUUACUAUUUUUAGCAGCAGGUACAAGACGAAGCAAUGGUUUUCGAGCAAAACUGUUGGAUCAGUUUAAAGUGCAGUUAAGACAGGGAUAUAAAGAAAAACUCCAAGAAGCUGGCAACAAAAUUGACAAUAUGCCAAAACAGGUCAUGUUGAUAACCCAGGAAUGUUUCAAAGACCAUUCAAAAACUACCAUUCCAUGGAUGAGACAUUCAAAAUACUGCCUUCAGCCCCCUGGUGAUUCACCGACCAGGAAAUCCAUCUAUGAUUCCAUUUUGAGUGGAUGCAUUCCCAUACUUUUCAAAGGGAAGACAACUUUGCCCUUUGAAAAAUACUUGGAUUAUACCACUUUCUCCUACAUAAUUAAAGAAACUGUGAUAACACGUAAUAACAAGACUGUUAUGGAAAUAGUUAAUGGUAUACCAGAACAUGUUACAAAUGCUUUGCAUAAGAAUUUACUUAAAGUUGCCAAAUGGUUCCAAUACAGUUUACCAGGUCCAGAUAUGGAGGAUAGUGACGAUGCAGUGACGUUAAUUCUACAUGAAUUAGGAACAAAACAUCGAUUAAAUGGGAACGCACAAUAAUAGCAAAUUAGUUUUCACUUUCUAUUAAACAGUAACAAUUACAGGAACUUCAUGAAUACCAUCAGUAAAUAAUUCAGGAAUGGCUAGGCCAAGCUGACCAAUGGAUAUUUAAUGAGAUAUCUAUUGAAAAUUAACUUUGAUUAAAUUUCAUUUAAUCAAAUACGAUACUUGUAGAUGUGGAAAAAAUAUUUUAA